AUGUUCCUGCCCCAGAGAGCGCGCUCCGUGCACAGCAGCAAGUGCACCGGCUGUGAGGCGGCUCUGCCCCGUUGCACGUAUGUAAAACCGUGGCUGAGCCGUGAGAAACCACAAAUGGCAAUUCCGUGCUACGGCACCACGCUUAAAGGGUUGCGAUUGAGGCUGGGCAGGUAUUUUAAUCGACAGGGUGCUGACGGGGGUGGGGGUCAGACUUGCUCCCCGACCCCGCCGCGGGCUGGCCGGAGCCGGGGUACCCCGGGGAGUCGGGAGGCCGCGGCUGGCUCCGGGCUUCGCAGCGCCUGUGACAGCGACCUUUUCUGUCCUUUGGGGCAUGUCAGUGGCUUUGCACAAGUUGAGCUGACUCUGAAACCCGAGUUGAGGAAGCACAGGCAGGAGCAGAUGAUCCUGCCUGUGCUGCUCAGCUCACAAGCUCAGAGUCAGGUACUUGCAGUGCCUAAAUUCUACACUGCUAAAUUCUCUGAGACACACAGGCAGAAGAUUCAUUAUUCACUUGAAUUGCUUGUGGAUAAUCCCACUCCCACACCAUAUUGCGAUCUUGCCAAUAUCAACAACCUUGGUACUUCUAAGAAAGUAAAUAAUUCUUUAAUAAAAGCAUUACUGAUUUGCUAAGAUAAAAAUUCUACAUGGCAGAGAGACAUGGAAGGCAGGUUUGCUGUGAUGGACAACCAUGAAAGUAGGUCAGAUACAUGCUUUCUGUAGAGUCUUGACGGUUGUCACAAUGUGACAGAUACAGAAACAAUUGUAGCAAAGCUUCCACUUUUAUUUCUUGAACAGCUUUCUCACAUAGAUUCCUCCCACAAAAUUAAAAACAACAAAGAGCAAACUCUAGUUUUGUUGUUUUUUUUUUUUGCCCCAGUAAUCAAGGCAGAUUACAGGGAAAAAGAGAAGCCAGGCAAUGAGGAGACCAACAAGACCAGUAUUAUGAAAGUGUGUGCUAAGUCCUUUUGGAGAAUCAGAUUUUUACAACUGGGAAGGACUGAGGUUUUCAAAGUUCACUGGACUGGCUGUUCAUGGCAGAAGAAAUCUGCCUUCACAGACUACGCUUACCUGUCUCCUACACUCAAUGAUGCCAAUACGGCCCAAGAACCACAACUACUGUGUGAGCAAUGCCUGCUCAUGCACCCCUUGUCAGAGGUGUGUCCAGUCCAGCCAGAUGAUAUUAAAAAAAAAAAUAUAAAUGAACAGACUGCAGCCAACUUCACAUCUAGAAAGCCACCACAUCUCAAGCAAGUUCCUUCUGCCUGGCAUCGCUUUCGCCCUUAUGCCAACAUUGGAGCAGACCGAACACCUCCUCUAACACAAGAAAUGGUCCCCCAGGGCAGCCACAGAGGAUCUCAAAUACAGCACUUGGGUUCAGAGCUCCUUCCUUUAUGCUCUGAGUUCAAAUCUGACAUAGCCAGCCCCCUGCAAUGCAGUCUUACACAGAAAUGGAGUCAUGUCUCUCAAGAGCACAGCACUUCUAGUGAGAGAAAACUUCAGAAUGGUAAAAACAUCAGCACUGAUAAAACAGUAGUUGAGGGAUACCUGAGAAUUACAAGGGCUCUUGGACAUCACAGAACUCCAGCAAAAAGAACACCUGUUACAUCUGUACCUCAUAUUGCAUCUGUCCCUAUCAGCGUUACUUGCCAUUUUCUUAUUUUGGCUUCUAAUGGGCUUUGAGGGGUUUUGGAUUCUGAAGAACUUGCAACAACUCUUAAUACUCUUUAUUUGAGAAUGCAUGAAUGCUGUUCAACAAAAAGGACUUUGUGUCAGUAUCCAGUAUCCCUCACUGGAGACAACUUAACUGACUCAAACAGUAUUAAUCAUCUGAAAGAUAGAAUACAAUGUUCUAGGAAGAAUUGUAGGCAAAGUAAAAAUGGAAUUCCUAAGAAGAAAACCAAUGACCACAAAAAUCAACCUAAUCCAGAACUGUCUCUUUUCAGCAACAAUGAAUUCCAAGUCACACCUGUAACAGCUGCAAGAGAAUGUGAUGUUGGUCAAGAACUGCUAAAGACUGUAACACCAUUGGGUUCUAAACCACCAGCAGAGUUUGAAAAAGAUACACAGGAUGUAGCCGAUAAUUGUAAAUCACAAGCUGCAGAAGAGACAGUCAGCUCAGAGACACUGCAGUGCAACAAGUCACCUUGUGAACAACUGGCAAAGACUGCAUUAGCUGCAGGUUCAAGAGACAACACUAUUUUGAUCGUACUUCUAAAUGGAUGUGAUAAGAUACCCAGUGACCUCAACAUAUAA